UAGUGAAUUGUGUGCUUAUUCCAGAAUUAAUGGUAUUUUCUUUUCUUUAAUCCUAACAGGGAACUCCAGGGCGAGAUGGCUACCCGGGGCCUCUGGGUGUGGAUGGUAAGCCUGGUCCUCCUGGUCCUAAAGGCAGUCAGGGGAUGCCAGGGCCAAAAGGAGAUAAGGGGGAUCAGGGAGACAUGGGACCCAGGGGCCCUCCAGCACACGCUGCCUCCGCUGGCCUGCUCAGUAAUCAGAUUCUUACAGUCAAGGGCGAUCAGGGUCAGGCUGGGCCUCCAGGACCCCCAGGGCCUCCUGGACCAUCUGGCCCCAGAGGGCCCCCAGGAAACAUGGGCAGAGACGGACCCCAAGGCCACCCAGGAGAGCCGGGUCUUCCUGGCAAGGAUGGGAACGAGGGUUCAAGAGGGCCACCUGGCAUAAAGGGUGAUAUUGGAGAACCUGGAAUGACUGGACUUCAGGGUCCUCCAGGGCUAAAGGGAGACCAAGGUGGUGAGGGGAAAAGAGGCAUGGAUGGACCACCAGGCAUAAAGGGAGAGAAAGGAGACGCUGGUGCUCCAGGACUCCAGGGUGCUCCAGGAGUCUCUGAGAACAUUGACCUGUCUGAAAGAUUACAAAUUUUACAGGGCCCACCUGGUCCACCAGGGCCUCCUGGAGAGCAAGGAGUAAAGGGAGAGAUGGGCUCUCCUGGGAUUCCUGGAUCUGAAGGCAGACAGGGUUCAAAAGGAGAAAGGGGGGAUAGAGGAGAACAUGGAGCGACAGGAGAAAGAGGAGAGAGGGGUGAGAUGGGUCAGCCUGGGCCAGCGGGAGCUGGUGGGCAGAAAGGGGAGAAAGGAGACGCCGGAAUUGAGGACAAUCUGGCUCAGAUUAUUGCAUUGCCAGGUCCUCCAGGGCCUCCAGGACCACCUGGCCCUCAGGGAGUCAUGGGCCAUCAUGGAAUACCUGGCCAAAAGGGACAGCCAGGUGAAGCAGUGAAAGGUGAGAAGGGGGAUGUUGGAGAGAAAGGUCCACAAGGGCCACGGGGUCUUCAAGGUUAUCCUGGCUCUAAUGGAUUGGUGGGUCUACCAGGUGCAAAAGGUGAAAAGGGAAAACAAGGAGAACCUGGAUUAGAUGGUUUCCCAGGCCUCCGAGGAGAGAAGGGUGAUAAAGGAGAACGAGGAGAAAAGGGUGAAAGAGGCUUAUUGGGGAAAAGGGGUCUAAAAGGAGAUAAAGGAGAGCAGGGGCCUCCAGGGCUGGAUCAGCCUUGUCCUGUGGACCGGGAUGGACUACCAAUACCUGGAUGCUGGCAUAAGUGAUGACAAGCCAGAAGCUUUGGAGUCUGUACAUAUUUAGAUAUAUAUAUAUAUAUAUUUGAAACUAACAUUUUAACCCCCCCUUAAUUUUUUAUGAUCUAUUUAAUAUAGUGAGAUUUGAUUUAAAAAUAUAUAUAUUUUUAACUCCAUGUGUACUUUCUAUAUUGCUGCUUUUUCUACAAAGAAAGGCUCUAAUUUGAAGGACUAAAGCAAAGAGAGUUGAUUUGAGAUCAACUGUGGAUUGCACAUGGACUUGUGGAAUGAGAGAGUACUCUGACGCUGGUCUUGACUACAGAAAAACCACCAGCGUUUGCAUAACACCAGCAUAAGCCCAAACCCAUCUAACAGACUGUGUAGCGUGACAUGUGAUUUCUGAACUGCACUGUUUUAAGCAGCCUUUGUUUGUCUGAAACUCUCAGUUGUCCAGUGUUUCUCUUUCUUUGAAAGGAUAAAGUUUAUCAUCAGGAGAGAAGCGCAUGGUGUACAGUUGUUCAAAUGAGGGAACCACUGAUGUGCUAGCGCAUGGGAUUGAACUCUAAAAAUGUAACUACAUGGGAUAUUGACUGUUGCAUGGAUGAUCCCACAGGAAGAACGUCUCAUGUCAGAAGAAACCAAUCUGUUUUUGUUUGUUUUUAAUCUGAAUAAAAUCCAGAAAUUAAAGCAUGAUAACGUCAGGGUUUGCACUACGAGAAGAUGAGAAGUGGACAGGAUAUUCAGCGCAAAAGAAUUUCAGCUUUUCAAUUACUGAUCUUAAGGAACUGCUUGACAUUCUCAAUACUCUUUUUGAUUUAGUGUAAAUAAUAUGUAUAGUUAUUACCCCCCCUGUCUUCUAGUGAUCAGUGUUUAAUAAGAUUGUCCUAUUGAUAUGCAACAUGAUGUGUUUUGUGUAUUCCUCUCAUCAGUCCUUUAAUACAUGUGUACAUUUUGUCAUGCAGUAGGCUUUCUUGUGUUAAUAGCAUGCCCGUGUAAUAUUGUAAGAUUUUACAGCAGUGUUUUGUAUCAGUUUUGAUGUGUGGUUUAUAAUGAUUGGAUGUAUUUUUCAGCUUGGCAGAUGUGUUUUGAUUGUGUAGUUUGGUUGGUUACAAGAGCUCAAAAGGCUCUAAUAUUAAAACUUUAAGUAAUGUAAUUUCAUUAAAUUUCAUUAUUGUAUAA